AACACUUCUAAUUUCAAGAAUUGUGAUGAAUUUCGAUGAUGCUUCUUUAUCUUCACUCCAUACUUACAGAGUUAAAACCCGUUAAUAACAGAAAGGCAUUUAGCCUUCUAUUCAAAAAUCAAAAAGAAAAUACUGUCAUAUUUCUCCUGAUAGAAAGAAUCAGUUAAUUUCUCUCGUCCUCGAUAAAAAACUUAGGAUAAAAGAUGUACUUAACUAUACAUAUAUUUUACAUUAGGCUGCUGUUAUUUGUAGUUUAAAUUAUUCCACAGCCAAAACAAUACUGUAUAAUUUGAGACAUAGACCACCUAAGUAAGCUGAAGUGAAGCCAAUUUCGAAUUCAAGAAAGCAAAACCUCACCAUUAAAAUUCUAAUCAAAGGCAAGCUUGUCAAUGAGUAUGAUUUUUAUUAAAAAUCGAAUCAGAGUUGAAGUAUGUUAAUUACAUCCC